AAGCCAUCAAUUGAAUACAAUCAUGUCUAAAAUCACUAAAACAAUCACUGUUGUUCCAGGUGACCACGUCGGUACCGAAAUCUGUGACGAAGCCAUUAAGGUUCUUAAAGCCAUUGAGUCAUCUACUCCAUACCACAACAUCGAAUUUGACUUCAAACAUCACUUGAUUGGUGGUGCUGCCAUUGACGCUACUGGUAGCCCAUUGCCCGAUGAAACCUUAGCUGCUGCCAAGCAAUCGGAUGCUGUAUUAUUAGGUGCUGUCGGUGGUCCUAAAUGGGGUACUGGUGCCGUGAGACCAGAACAGGGGCUCUUGAAAAUCAGAAAGGAGUUGAACUUGUACGCCAACAUUCGUCCUUGUAACUUCGCCUCCGACGCCCUUUUGGAAUUGUCUCCAUUGAAAGCUGAAGUUGUCAAGGGUACCAACUUGAUCAUUGUUCGUGAAUUAGUUGGUGGUAUCUAUUUCGGGGAAAGAUUGGAACAAGAACAAUCCGAAGACAAGGAAACUGCCUGGGAUACUGAAAAGUAUACAGUGGCCGAAGUUACCAGGAUCACACGUAUGGCCGCUUUUAUGGCUUUACAACACAACCCACCAUUACCUAUUUGGUCCUUGGACAAGGCUAAUGUUUUAGCUUCGUCUAGAUUAUGGAGAAAGACCGUGGAUAAAGUCAUUGCCGAAGAAUUCCCAACUUUGUCUGUCCAACAUCAAUUAAUUGAUUCUGCCGCUAUGAUCUUAAUUCAAAACCCCACCAAGUUAAACGGGAUAAUAAUCACUUCAAACAUGUUUGGUGAUAUCAUUUCCGACGAAGCUAGUGUCAUCCCCGGUUCUCUUGGUUUAUUGCCAUCUGCUUCCUUAGCUUCCUUACCAGACACCAAUACUGCUUUCGGGUUAUAUGAGCCAUGCCACGGUUCCGCUCCAGACUUGCCUCCAAACAAGGUUAACCCAAUCGCUACUAUCUUAUCUGCAGCUACUAUGUUGAGAUUGUCUUUGGAUUGUGUCAAGGAAGCCGAAGCAUUGGAAGAAGCUGUCAAACAAGUUUUAGAUUCUGGAAUUAGAACUGGUGAUUUGAAAGGUACAAACACCACCAAGGAAGUUGGUGAUGCUGUUGCUGAAACUGUUACAAAGAUUUUAAAAGCUGCUGCCAAGUAAAUAAAAACUAUACACACUUAUACAUUUAACGAUUUAUUUAAAAGAGCCAGUAAUUGUGCGAUCGAUUCAUCUCUCAUGGUGGCGGAAAUCGGCAUUGUUUUGUCGAUUUUCUCAGUCAAGGUGGCAUCACUGCUUGUAUCUGAUUUAGGUUCAAACUCAGGGUCAUAGAAAUCUUCAUCACUGCUAAGGGAAAUAACACUAUGACGCACUGGUCUAAGUGAUACAUGUGUUGGUUCUUCUUCAACCCGUGAGAAUUCAUAAUCCAUGAUACUGCUCAAUUGACAUGCAUACUGUUCUGGUGUGAUGGAUUGUGCUGAUUCCUCGCGAGGAAGACUGACUUUUCUGGUACUUCCACCAGAAGAAACCCUCGAAUAUGCAUUACUUUCACCACUGGAAACUCUAGAAUAUACAUUGCUUUCACCACUGGAAACUCUAGAAUAUCUUCUAACACUAUAGUAAUCACCACCGGAAGAAACCCGGGAAUUUUUUCUAGCAAUGCUGUUCAUAUCACCAGCAGAGAAAAUCAGGGAAUGAUUGGAAACCAUCCGUUUCUCUUUCUCUUUUAACAAAUUGAUUUCGUCAUGGAAUUUCUCAGUGUCUUCACCUACGGCUUCAACGGUCUGCUCGGCAGUAAUCUCUUCUGCAAUACUAUUGCGCGAAUUAUCUCUACUGAAGGCAACUUGCCAAUUUGGUGUUCCAUCUGAGUAGAAAUCCAGCACGGCAAACUCAUGCAAGAAUGGAACGACUUGACGUUUAUAAUUUCUUGGCGUAAGCAAAGUAGUACUAUCCACUUGUUUCAUGCCAUGACGAGGGAAAGCUUGUGGUGGUUGUUGUUGUUUUGGCUCACUUGUAACUCUAAUGGUUUGAGGUUCUGGUGGUGUAGGAUUUGCAGGAGCUGGUAUUGAUUUGGGUCCAGCAACACUGAUUUGCCAUUGUGACGACGAGCUAGAUUUGGGUUCACUAUCAGCUUUAGUAGAGUGCAACGACGUUGAUGAUUUGGUAAGCAUGGUAUUCACUGAUGGAGAUGUUUGCACUAACUGAGCUCCAUUGACACGCUUUACUUGAACAAUUUCAGCUGUUUCGGGUUUGAUCAUUGACUUGGUUAUAUCCACAGUAACUUCUGGGUCAUGUUCAGUUUGCACUUCUGAAGUUGGUUCGGUGUUCACUUCUAAUGCAUGUUCACGCAUUGUCCUCUGAAUAUUUUCUUCAAUGACACGAGGAUUUGAUGGAGCCAUCUGAAGUUCGGGAAGCUUGACCUUGGUGGGCUUAUCGUGCUUCAAAACCAGAUUAGAAGCUGAAGCAGCUCGUCUAUGAAUAUCCCUGUUGGCAGCAGAUUCGUGCAUUAAUACCAGAUUGCCAGCAGAAACAAUUCGUCUAUGGUCAUUAUCAGUAGAUUCAAGCAUUAAGGUCAGGCUAUCAGAGGCAGAGCGAGCACGACCUGAUUUUGUCUUCCGUCUUUUGAAUGGUCUUAAGAGUUUAGAAAGGAACGACUUCUUUCUUUUUGGAGAAGGUGCCACUUCUGGUUCUCUUG